AUGGCAGCGACCGAGUCUGCGCAGCAGACGUCUUUGGCAACCAACAGAGCCACUCGCCAGUCUCCCCAACCCCAGCAGUCGAAGCGGGAUAAGAAGCGCCAAGUUAUGAACGAUCGCUUGAACACCCUGGCCGAGCAGUUCAGCCGUGAUAAGGAUAGACAAUACCGAGAAGAGCUCCAUAAGAUCCAAGUCGACGUCAACCUUGUCGGCCACUUUGAUCCCUAUGUUGACCGACCCCUGGACGGUAUCGAUUGCCUCUGCGAGCAGUCGCAAGCCAAUGGCGCCAGCAAUGCCAACGCCAACACCAACAACAGAAGCUUGCUUUACAUGGCCGGCCCUACGACCGAGGAUUGGACCCGUACAGUAGAAGAUCAUCUCGAGACGAGAGACUAUGACAUGACCACCCAGAAGUACGACUUCGAGCGAAAGAUGCAAGACUACCAUAAUACCCAUGCGUACAGAGUCGAAGUAGCCAAGCGAGAGCACAGGGCCCUGUCAGCCACCCUCAAAGAUCGACUCAUCAACAACAUCCUCUCCAAGAAGUACCGACUCGGCAAGGAGAAGGAAGCGAUCGAGAUCAGCGACAGCUCCGCCCUACUCCUACAUCCGAACCAAUUCAGCCUCACCAACCCCGCGAGUCCCGGCGGCACGCAUGGAAAGCGAAACACCCGACUCCGAAGAGAGAUGGAAGAGCUGCCAGGUUACUCGGAGAACAAGAAGAGGAAACGGAACGCCGCUGAUGACGAUGGAUCUCCGGCGCCUGUUCGCAGAGCCCUCGACCCGACCAACACCACUCCCUUUUGGCAAAGCGACAGGCUCAGAGGCUUGCGCAAAGAGACUGGCCCGGUCUACAGCAUAGACAAGCUGUUCACAGACAAGGAGCUUUCCUUGACCUACAAUACCGCAGCUAUAGCGGCCCACAAGCAUCUCCUCACCCGCCGCGAUGUGAAUGGCAACGUUCUUCCUUCUCCCGAAGAAAGCGAUGCAGGUAAUGGGGAGGCGAACGAGGACGAGGAAGAUCCGUCUGCAGCUACAAUGGAGCGACAGCCCUCUCACGCGACACGAAGCACCCGGGGAGGUCAUAACCACCAGAAUUUCUACGAUAACAAGAUUCUUGGCAUCGAGGGUCUCGCAAAUUUCCAGAUCUCAGGAAACCUGGACAAGAUGGCCUCGCAAGAACCCAAGCUGCCACCGCUGAUCCACUCUCAAUACUCAAAGGCAUACAUCAAGUCAGAAUCGAAUACGCCCAUUGGGUUAACGCCCGACGAUGCGCUCCACGAUUUGACUGUGAUGGGAUUGUACAAGAGCAUCCAGAGUCAGACCGGCGUCGGGUCCAACAUGGAUGUCGCAAACGGCGGACGUCGUCUUCUGGAAGCCAUGGCGCAGCCGCAGCGCAGAAGCAACUACGCGACAUACGUCCAGGGCCCGCGCCCGUCGACGGAUGCGCUGUCGGAGGGACUGGGAUUCCCUAGUUCUAGUGCGAGAGAUGAGCCCAACGGAGCCGGACCAGCAAAUCACGCCCAUGGAGUUGCACCUUUCAAUGCGGCUGCAGCUGGAGUGCCAAUGAGCAGACAGAGCAGUCUGGGUGGCGUGGCCAUGAGCCGGACUGGCAGCGCGAGAGGCAAGCGGAAGGCAUGA